AUGAAAAUCGAUCGUUGGCUUGUACCAAUCUCUCAAGAUAGCUCCGCAAAAAAAUCAAAAUCGAAAUCAAAAAAAUUAAAGGAUUGCCUCUGGAUACCGUAUCAAUUCACACCCGCUUAUAUGAAAAAUAACCAAGUAUUCGUUUCGUACCUCUUCGUAUAUAUUGCAGUCAACUUAUGUCUCUUCAUCUCACGUGCCAUUCAAUAUCGAGCCAGUAAUGGAUUUGUCAUUAUAGCCAGAGCCUGCGGUCAGUGUCUUAACUUUAACUGUGCGUGGGUGCUCGUACUUAUGUUACGACAUUCCCUUACCUAUCUACGUUCGCACGGUUUAUCAACAUAUCUGCCACUAGAUCAUCACAUAUAUCUGCAUAAACUGACAGGCAUAGUCAUCUCGAUUCUAAGCCUGAUACAUACUUUAAUGCAUUUAUUUAAUUUUACAAUAAUUGUAGUAAAUGAUGAAAGAAUAAAUGCUGGGCACUAUACAAUAAUCGAAUGGUUAUUAACAGAUCGGCCGGGUUUAUUUGGUCUAAUACCAGGUUGCGCGAACCCUACUGGAGUGGCUCUAUUUGUUAUUUUGCUAAUAAUGUUCAUAUGCUCCCAGCCGUUCGUGCGGCGUAAGGGCUCAUUUGAAAUAUUUUAUUGGACCCAUCUUCUCUAUAUACCGUUUUGGAUUUUAACUCUAUUUCAUGGACCAAACUUUUGGAAGUGGUUUUUAGUGCCUGGCCUUGUGUAUAUAGUUGAACGUAUACUUCGCUAUGUAUGGAUGCGAGGUGAACACGGCAAGACGUACAUAAGUUCUGGUCUAUUAUUGCCAUCGAAAGUUAUACACUUGGUCAUUAAGAGACCUUUCAACUUUAAUUUUCGUCCUGGUGAUUAUGUGUUUGUGAAUAUACCAGCUAUUGCUAAUUAUGAAUGGCAUCCAUUUACUAUAAGCUCUGCACCUGAACAAGAAGAUUAUAUGUGGUUGCAUAUACGUACCGCAGGUGAAUGGACCAAUCGUUUGUAUCAGUAUUUUGAAAAAGAGCAACAUCGUUUACAUCAAGGGGGAGAUGUACCACAUUUGCAGGCAAUUGCAACAAGUUUCUGUCAAGUAAAUGAAACUAACACCAAUGCAAUUAUGUCCUCAACACCACAAACUGAUUUUCUUGCACAAAAUCUAGCAAAAAUACAACAGUCAUCAGCAUAUGUUGAUGUGCCCAUACGACCACCAAGAAAAAAUUUUACACCAUCGAAAUUAGCCACAGAGAGUCACACUAAUGCGUCUCACAGUAAUGGAAACUCUAACGCACCCAUUAACCGUAUACAAAGUAUUAAACGCACAUUGCAACGCACUUUCUCUCGCAAGGAUUCACAGGCAAGGCGUUCAACAGGAGUUUCGAAUGAAGCUUUUAUUGCAGAUGAGUAUGAUACCUAUGGAAAAUCAAUAGAUCUUAGUCGACGACGAAUUUUAACAGAUAAGAAACUACAAAAUCUUAACUAUAAACCACCAUUAGAAAAAAGUAUAUCCCUUCCCGAUAUUGAAGUGAAGUCUAAGAAAAGAGCACGUCUAAAAGCGAUACGUGCCUUAGGGCGUUCGGAAUCUGAACGAUCAUUUGAUGAAACACGUUUAAGACGUGCACGUUGUCAAAGUGUAGGUUUGGCCUACCUCAGUCCACAAAAUAAAUCCUUAGCGCAAAGUUUUCGUUAUAUGCGUAAUAAACCUACAAUAAUUGCCUUCAAAACUCCAAGCAUGGAAAACUGUGAUCCACAAGCAAAAAUGGCUGAAAGCAAUCCAGUUCCACACUCCAUAAUGGCUGCUGAGGAAGGAAAAGUACAAGCAGCAAACACUUCAUAUUCACAACAAACCACUGAUUUAGAAGUAGCGAAGAGUACAGAUUAUCAAGCUGCGAAACCUCUGGAGGAUUCUUACUCUGCGACUACUAAAACCCGACGUUUGCGUAGACCUACUUUUUUGCGUACACUGUCAACAUCUAUAAAGAAUCGUGGCUGUAAUGGCAGCUUACCCACACAUGGUUCCACUAACUCUGGGAAGGUUACACUAGAUGCAGGCGUUUUAGAGAUAUUCAUUGAUGGACCUUAUGGAGCACCAUCAAGUCAUAUAUUUGGUGCACAACAUGCUGUACUUAUCGCUACAGGUAUUGGUGUCACGCCGUUUGCAUCAAUUUUGCAAUCCAUAAUGCAUCGUUAUUGGAAAGCAAGACAUACAUGCCCACGUUGCAACCAUGAAUGGGCCAGUGAUAUACCCAAAACUGUGAUGAACCUUAGAAAAGUAGAUUUCUUUUGGAUUAAUCGUAAUCAGCGAUCAUUUGAAUGGUUUGUUAAUUUACUUUCACAGUUAGAAAUUGAACAAGCUGAACUAGGACACGCCAUGGAAAGAUUUCUCGAUAUGCAUAUGUAUAUAACAAGCGCACUACAACGAACGGAUAUGAAGGCUGUGGGCUUGCAACUAGCUUUGGAUUUACUUCACGAAAAGGGAAAACGCGAUCUUAUAACAGGACUCAAAACACGAACAAAUGCUGGUCGCCCUAAUUGGGAUAAAGUCUUCAAGCAGCUGCAAGCGCAAAAGAAAGGCAAAGUCACUGUUUUCUAUUGUGGACCACCUCAACUGGCGAAAACUUUACGUUUUAAAUGCGAUGAAUAUGGAUUUGCAUUCCGAAAAGAAUGUUUUUAAAUUCCGAAAGAAAUUUAUUUGAAUUUAAAGCAACUAUUUUCUUCUUUUUAUUUAUUGAGACUAGAUGCUUGGCGUAGUUUUAAAAGGUUUCGGGAUAUGUUUAGUGUAGUUUAUGUUUUAAUUUAAAUUUGUUGAAUUUAAUUAUUUUUAAUAUUGUUGUUGUAUU